AUGGCUACUACGACGAGACCAUUGUUACUCAGUUGUGACGCGGAAGCUGAUACGGAGCCAGAUUUACCAAAGCAGCCCUUGUCGCAGAAAGUCUCAACUUGGAGAGGAACAUUCGGCUACAAACCAUCUGACGAAUCAUCAGUAACCAAGGCAUUCAAGGACGCCUUUUAUGAUCUGAAAUUCUUUGGAAAACCCCACAAAAGCAAUCGACCAUUCGAAUUGAGUCUCGUCCGACAGGUUCUUUGGGUCAGUUGCUGGAACUUAUCUGUCCUCGGCUUACUCAUCUAUCUAUGCCUGUUGCCACUGGGCUUCAGCGAUGAAGAAAGCCCCUGCCAGCCAGAUGGAGAGUUUCGGUUCGGUGGGAUAGAUCGGCCUGGAAGGUUCGAUUGGUGGGCACCUAGGGGAUUCUUCCAGAUCACACUCAGCUGGGGUCGCUUGAGUUUCGGGACCGCAAAGCUCAUUGACGUUAUCUGGGACUUGGUUGUAGGCCGAGGGGGCCAAACACUCAUGGCUCUAGUAUCAUGGGGAGUGUUUGUCGAAUAUCUCCAGCUCUCUCUGAUUACGAAGCCGGCGGCUUAUAGCACAGUGUGGCUUAUCAGGUUCCAGAAAGACAACUCCGCGCUCGCAACCUGGAGAUUGGCCGCUGGCUUCUUCAAGGUUGGCCUCGCAUCCAGAAAGGUCAUGUGCUUCAUGAUUUGGACAGCAUUGCUCAUUCUUGCUUUCCCAACGUUUGCCAGCUCAAUGACCGGAUAUACGCCGUAUAACAAGGCUUAUGUUAAUAGCACCAGUGGAAAGCUUAUACUGUUUCCGUCAAUCGCUCCUGUCGCAUCUUCUACGGAGUUCUAUGAAACGUGUGAUGAGUGGGAAGACGUCAACAACGUGCAAGCCGACUGCCAGCUGCAAAGAGAUGUCUCAGAAUACAUUCAGCGUUAUGGAUUUGAGGGAAAGGGUGGUCACGGAACCAAGCACGGCCAGAAAUCACGUUUCCGUAACAAGACGCUGGAAUGGCCUCCCCUCAACGUCGAGGCGUUCUAUCUUCCUAACUCAUUUUACUGGAACUGGACGGCCAACCAUACCGACUCUGCAUCUCCAGCACCUUUUAAUCCUUAUCCAAACAGUUCAGCAUUGACGUUCCUUGUUGAAGAAGAUUUAUACAAUGCGAAGGACGUCCAAGCUGAGGGGAUAUGUCAACCAAUAAAAAAUGGAGAAUCUAUCGAAUAUCAGUGGGGAUUCUCGUUUCUUCAGUUAUUUGUCAUGGUUGUCAUUCUCCAUUCGUGGAGUAUUGGCCUUGUUGUAUUAUGGACAACCGCACACUUGACGCUACAACGAAAUGAUAUCGCAUCAUCGCCUGAAGGGUGGAAGAGUCUUCUGAACAUGACUGACAGAAUCAAAGAACAAUUCAUGUCUGCUGGCAUAAUUUGGGAAAAUCUCACUGACAUAGAGUUGCAAGAUGAGAUUCAGCUACUUCUCACUGGAGGACCGGUUCCUAUAUCGUCGGAGGGAUCUGAUGCAGAGAAUCCCCUACCCCAAGGAAACUUUAGUCCUUACUAUGAUCACAUCUAG